UUUUAUUCUUCUGUACUUGUCAAGAUGGCGGCCUCCUACAGUUUGGAGUGACUUGUGAUUUCAGGUGACUGUCAAAGCAUUAAGAAUAAAUGGGUCAGAAUCAAUCAGGCGCAGGAGGUUCUGGUGGAGAUAAAAAAGAUGACAAAGACAAAAAAAAGAAGUAUGAGCCACCAAUUCCAACGCGAGUUGGUAAAAAGAAACGUCGUACCAAAGGUCCAGAUGUGGCUGUCAAAUUACCUCAAGUGACUCCACAUACUAGAUGUAGGCUUAAGCUUUUGAAGUUGGAGAGGAUAAAGGAUUACUUGUUGAUGGAAGAAGAGUUUAUUAGAAACCAAGAAAGACUUAAGCCCCAGGAGGAGAAAAAUGAAGAAGAGAGAUCUAAAGUUGACGACUUGAGAGGAACUCCAAUGUCCGUGGGAACGUUGGAGGAAAUAAUUGAUGAUAAUCAUGCAAUAGUAUCCACUUCAGUAGGUUCUGAACACUACGUAUCGAUUCUUUCGUUUGUGGAUAAAGAUCAGCUGGAGCCUGGUUGUUCUGUUUUACUAAACCACAAGGUUCAUGCAGUCGUUGGUGUUCUCGGAGAUGACACAGACCCAAUGGUUACUGUUAUGAAAUUAGAAAAAGCACCUCAAGAGACUUAUGCUGAUAUUGGAGGUCUUGAUACGCAAAUUCAGGAAAUCAAAGAAUCAGUCGAAUUACCCCUAACUCAUCCAGAGUAUUAUGAAGAAAUGGGUAUUAAACCACCAAAAGGUGUUAUUUUGUACGGUCCACCUGGUACUGGCAAGACUUUACUCGCAAAGGCUGUAGCAAAUCAAACUUCCGCGACUUUCUUGCGUGUCGUUGGUUCUGAACUGAUUCAAAAGUACCUUGGAGAUGGUCCCAAAUUAGUUCGUGAACUCUUCAGGGUUGCAGAAGAACAUGCACCGUCAAUUGUAUUUAUUGAUGAAAUAGAUGCUGUUGGUACUAAACGAUAUGACAGUAACAGUGGUGGAGAAAGAGAAAUUCAACGAACUAUGUUGGAAUUAUUGAAUCAACUUGAUGGAUUUGACAGCCGUGGUGACGUAAAAGUAGUUAUGGCAACAAAUAGAAUAGAAACUCUAGAUCCCGCUUUAAUUCGUCCAGGUCGUAUUGACCGAAAAAUAGAAUUCCCGCUUCCUGAUGAGAAAACCAAGAGACGUAUUUUCAACAUUCACACCAGCAGGAUGACCUUGGCGCCAGAUGUUAAUCUAUCUGAAUUAAUAAUGUCAAAGGAUGAUCUCUCCGGUGCUGACAUUAAAGCCAUAUGUACUGAAGCCGGUCUGAUGGCACUGCGUGAACGUCGUAUGAAAGUCACAAAUGACGAUUUCAAAAAAUCUAAAGAAAGUGUUCUCUACAGGAAAAAAGAAGGAUCACCAGAAGGACUUUAUUUGUAAAAAAUAUCAGCGCAAUAUUUCUUAUUAUCUUUUUAUUAAAUUGAACCAUUUUAUCAACUUACUCAUUUGUGCUCUUAUUUUUUCCAAAAUAUAUGAUAAAAAUAAAAGUAAUAAAUUAA